AUGAAUGAUGAUAUCAAAGAUUUGUUCAAGUUACCAUAUUUUUUGUUUAGGAAAAUUUUAUCAUAUUUAGAUCAUAAUAUUGAUAAGAUUGUUUUUUCGUUGGUAUCUAAAAAGUUAUAUGACAAUAGAAAUAGAUAUCUCAAUAUUCCUUUAAACAUCACCAAUCAGACAUCGAGAUCUAUGAUAAAGAAUCUAAAGUUACGUUCUUUUGUAAAUCAAAUAGAAUCAUAUGAUCAUUUAGAUGAUAGUUAUCAUACAAUAAAAACAAUAAUAACAGUUGGCCAUGAUCAUUUCGGUGAAUUUCCAAAGGUAUUCUCAAGUUAUUUUAAUAAUGAAAGUUUACAACAAUUAAACGAAACAGAUAUUAGUGAUGAUAUCGAAGAGUUAUUUUUUACGAGGGAGAUCGAUUCAUUACUUUCGAUUCCUGCUCUCAAAAGGAUCAAGUCAAUAAAUGUGCCACUGAUUUCACCGAUAGAUUACGCCAUCCCUAACAAUAUCAGAUCGCUACGUCUUGUUUUUGAUAGUAUUUCAGGAGAAUCUUUUGGAAAGAAUGCAUCGUUACCAUCACAGCUGGAAUCACUUACACUCUAUUCAUGCCACACACAGUUUGAAAAAGGAUUCUUUCCAUUGUCUCUCAAGAAUUUGCGACUGGUCGAUGCAGCACCAAAGUUUGAUUAUGGCGUGUUACCGGAAUAUCUAGAAUCACUAGAGAUUCAGUAUUCAUCAUAUGACCAGCCUAUCGCCAAAAGAGUACUACCAACUUCAUUGAGAUCAAUAGGUCUGGCAUCGUACACUGGAAAAUUGGUUUUCUACAACCCAUAUGAUGAUGAUGAUGUUGAUGAUGAUAGAGAUAAUAGUGAGCAGCAGCAGCUGCUAAACACCUACAUUCCAAAUACCGUUAAAAUGAUAAUGAUUGGUACACCACCAAGCAUAGACAACAAACCACUUGUUUUAAAAUUGCCAUAUGGUCUGAAGAAGCUACGACUUGAUAAGUCGUUCAAUCAAAAGCUUAGCAGGUUCGUUGUUCCCGAUACUCUCACUAGACUAAAGUUAAUAAGUUCGGAUCAGUUCGAUCGUAUACCAGGGACUAUCAAUUAUCUAUACCUAAGUUUAUUAAAAAGAAUUGGUAGAUUUGCUAAUGACAAUUUGUUAUUUACUUAA